AUGUCAGAAUCACGCCCAGAUAGGCACCGAAAGUCAGCACAGGCUUGUCAAAGGUGCCGAAGCUCAAAGCGCAAGUGCGAUGGUCGUAAACCUCGCUGUGGUACAUGCGCCAGACGUGGAUCUUGGACGACUUGUGUAUUCGAUCAAAGCGAUGGUAGGACAGGAAAGAAGGCACGGGAGAUUGCCGCACUGCAGACCCGCGUUGCUGAGCUCGAGAGAGAGAAGGCUAACGCAAACUUUCCACUAUCGAUGGAUCCCCUCAUGCAACUGUCGAGCGAUGCACGAGAAAUAAUUUCUCCGGCAUUUCAUUUUGAUUCGGAAUUUGCACCUCAUGGCCAACCCACCAGUAAGGAUCAGCCAGCAGUGAUGACUGAAAACAGAUUCUUGUCUCGCAAAAGUAAAAAGACAUCUGUAGACGGGAUGGGGACAGUUGGGAAUGAUAUCAGCUCGGCAGCAGCUGGCGAGCAGUAUUUUGGGGAAUCGAGCACCGUGGAAUUUGUCAGUCAAGUGGAGAAAAUCAUGAAUCUCCACAUGUCCGAAGAACUCCCAAUAUUUGAUACAAAUCUGCCCAUUCAAACAACAUCUUAUUCGAGCAUUGAGGAAGAAAUUAAUGAUGGCUAUAUUCUCCCUAUGAGGACCGAAGCAGAUGGACUCAUUUCCGCUUUCUGGGAUCGCGUUUAUCCCAUCUAUCCUUUGUUGGAGAGAUGUAGCUUUGAAAGAGAAUAUGCAAAGCUUUGGCUAUCGUCGGGGUCACCUGAAAGUUCCGAGUACCAUAUUCGAACAACGCAAAAUCAUGUGCCGGGAAGUCGAAUCUUUCAUUGUAUCUUGAAUAUGACAUUUGCCCUUGGAUGUCAAGCAAAAAAGCAAGAUGAUAGGUCAUGGGUGUUCUGGCAGCGUUGCAAGAGGCUGUUAGAGUUGAAUUUCGACAUAUUCAAUCAGGGCAGCAUUCCAAUGGUCCAAGCCCUGCUGUUAAUGGGUAUAUACUUACAAGGCACGAAACUGACAGAGGCUUGCUGGAACCUGGUUGGAGUGGCCAUUCGUCUUGCCCAGGGCCUAGGUUUGCACCGGCCAAUUCCUUCCAACCAGCGAAGAAGUGUCAUUAUGCCCAAUUUUCAACACAGAGAAUACUCCCGAAGACGAGUCUGGAUGGGCUGUCUUUUCAUGGAUAGGACACUAUGCGUGACAUUUGGCCGGCCGCUGAUUAUACCCCUUGACAAGUCCGAUUGUGUAAACAAAUUAUCGACAUCUUCUUUGCCCCAAGGGCUUUCAUUCGAUGAAAAUCAAAGCUCACUUUUUUUCGCUCAUGCCUUUCAGUUACAGUCUAUCCUUGCCAAGGUUAUCUACGUUUUGUACGACGAGGACAGCAUCUCCAGUCAAAAAGAAAAACGAAGCAUUAAGGAAGCAUCUAACGAGCUCCUCACGCUAACUGAACAGAUCGAGGAAGGUGAUUUUCGGGAUCUGUUCCAAGUGGAAGAGGAUCUUGAAGCUUGGAAAGAUGACCUUCCUGAUUUGUUGCGGCUUCCAAUGCUUCAUCCGGGACAAAUUCCCAGCUCAGGAUGGAAUAGGCAUGCAACAAUAUUACAAGCAAGGUUUCUAUACGGACGUAUUUUGGUUUUUCGGCCGCUGUUGCUACGCCAGUUAAUUUUAUGUCGUUCACCGUCCAAAAUCGACGAACAAGGUGGGAUCAAGGGAAAGGUCCACAAUGCUCUCAUCUCUCAUGCUUCCAAUGCGUGCAUACAGUCAGCUUGUGAUUUGAUCGCAGUGUUUGUGGCCGCCUCCGGUUUGGACGAUGCCUUACUUCCCGAACCAUGCUAUUCGAUUUUUUACCUCUACACUGCUUCAAUGAUUCUUCUUGUCGGGCACAUCUGUGAUAUAUCCUCAGGAAGUGGAGAAAAUAGAGAAUACCUGUCAAGGAAGUGGGAAGAAAGCUUAGAGAACCUCAAGCUAUACCAGCACUUACAUGAAACCGCCCAAACCUGUAUCAAGCUUUUGGAAAUUGGCGAAAAAAAGUUUCUACGUCGUGCGACAGCAGAGGGCAGCUUGUCAUCUUGUGGUCUUGUCAGCCAGCCGCAGCAGAUUAAACAGGCCCAAAUGGAACAUAGGCAUUCCUCGGCGGAGUCCUUGCAAACUGAAAACAUCAACAGCACUGUCGUCGAUUCUUUCUCAAUCAACGAUAUCGACUGGAACGAGGUGCUUGACAUGGCACGCUUUGGAACAGCGCCUUUUGAUUUCUAUUUUCAAGAGCCAAGACUUUCGGAUUUAGAUCCUUUGUCCUACCGCGGCUAUUAA